AUGGCUUCUUCUUCUCGAGCCAUGGCGGCCUUGACCAAGGCUGGCCAAUUAGGCCCUAGAGGCCGCAUCGCAUCCAGAGCCUUCUCGGCCGUCACGUCCCUGCGAUCCGCUGCCAGGCCGACCGUCGCCGUGAAGCUGCAAUCCACCGGCCGCAUCGCCUUCCGGAGAGCCUACGCCGACAAGGCCCCCAAACCCAAGCCCGGCAAGCUGCGCACCACCCUGAGAUGGGCCUGGAGGCUGUCCUAUCUCUCCUUUGGUGGUCUUGUCGGCUACACCCUCUUUGUCAUCUAUCAGGACCGGCAUCCCGAGCCGCAGUACGAGCCCGAUCCCAGCAAGAAGACGCUCGUCAUCCUCGGAACCGGCUGGGGCUCCGUGGCUCUGCUCAAGAAGCUCGACACCGAAAACUACAACGUCGUCGUCGUCUCCCCGCGCAACUAUUUUCUAUUUACCCCCCUGCUCCCGUCGUGCACCACGGGCACCAUUGAGCACCGCUCCAUCAUGGAGCCGGUCCGCGCCAUCCUCCGCCACAAGCGAGCUGCCGUCAAGUACUACGAAGCCGAGGCCUCCUCCAUCGACCCCGAUCGCAAAGUCAUCAGGAUCGUGGAUAACUCAGAGAUCAAGGGCGCGACAUUCGAGACGGAGAUCCCGUACGACAUGCUCGUCAUUGGUGUGGGCGCCGAGAACGCCACCUUUGGCAUACCCGGCGUCCGAGAGCACAGCUGUUUCUUGAAAGAGAUUGGCGAUGCUCAACAAAUCCGCAAGAAAAUCAUGGAUUGCGUUGAGACCGCUGCCUUCAAGGACCAGAGCAGCGAGGAGGUGGACCGUCUGAUGCACAUGGUGGUGGUGGGCGGUGGCCCUACCGGCGUUGAGUUCGCUGGUGAGCUCCAAGACUUUUUCGAGGAGGACAUCAAGAAGCUGGUGCCCGAAAUCAGCCCACGUUUCAAGCUCACUCUCAUCGAGGCCUUGCCCAACGUGCUGCCGUCCUUUUCUAAGCAGCUCAUCGACUAUACCGAAAACACGCUUCGCGAGGAGAAGAUUGACAUCAAGACCAAGACCAUGGUCAAGAACGUCACGGACAAGACGGUCGAGGCCGAUGUGACGCGUCCCGACGGCAGCAAGGAACGCGUCAUCAUCCCCUACGGUCUGCUCGUCUGGGCCACCGGUAAUGCCGUGAGGCCCGUCGUCAAGGACCUGAUGGCGCGGAUCCCAGCUCAGAAGGACUCCCGCCGAGGCCUUGCCGUCAACGAAUAUCUGGUCGUACAGGGGACGCGCGACAUCUGGGCCAUCGGCGACUGCGCCGUGGCUGGAUACGCGCCAACCGCCCAGGUUGCCUCUCAGGAGGGCAACUUUCUCGCCCGCCUCUUCAAUAACCUGGCCAAGACGGAGAACCACGAGGAACGUAUUCAGGACCUGAGCAGCAAGAUGAAUCUCGAGGCAGGCAAUUCGGCCGAGGCAGCUGAGGAGAUUGGGGCGCUCGAGAAGCAGCUGCGGAGGAUCAAGGAUAUCAAGCCCUUCCGAUACAGCCACCAGGGAAGCUUGGCGUACAUUGGCAGUGAGAAGGCGGUUGCCGACGUCAGCUGGUGGAAUGGCAACCUGGCCACGGGCGGCAGCAUGACGUACUUGUUUUGGAGGAGUGCCUAUCUGUCCAUGUGCUUCAGCACCCGAAACAGAGUUCUGGUUUUGCUGGACUGGCUCAAGUCCAAGGCUUUUGGUCGCGAUGUGUCUCGCGAGUAG